CUUUGCUAUAGGAGGGCGACCUCAUAGGCAGAGUUCUUGAGUUUCUGAAACUCGCGAACCGUGAAUAGCUGGGACUGCACUGUAUAUAGGUGCGAUUAUACUGGUCUGCUGGUCUUCUGGCCAGAAUUCCUGUAAGUGGUAUAUAAAAAAAAAAACGCUUGAAAAGAAGAAGCUAGUAAUCAUGAAGAAAUUGCUAAAGAAGAUGAAAGGGUUGUUGGUGACUUGUGCGUCUCAGAAAAAUGCAGGUUGCUGAAAGACAACACCCUGACAUUGAAGAAAGACCCAGGUAGUCUUUCGGACAUUCGGUUGCUGGCAAUCAACGAUAAAUUCAUAUUCGACAAAGACAUUAAUAUGUCUGCCUCUAAAUAUUUUGGGUUAGAAGGCCACAAGGCCAUCAUAUCAAGUCUAGACACCAAGAAACACCGUCCAAAAAUCGGUACCAGAGCACAUCAAUGGUGCCAAGAAAUUCUUGAUGACCCACCGCGCGACUGGAUAGCUUCGUUAGGUUUUGGUGGGAAGGUAUUGUGUCAAGCGGCGAAAGAGAAAAAUGAUGUAGAUAUACAUACCGCACAUGUAUUAAGCCAAGUAUUGCCAUUAUUUGUUCGCUUUUCUUAGGGACAGCCAAAGUGCACG